UUUCAGGCCCAAGAUGUGUAACAGACCCGACCCACUAGAACAAAACCCUUGUAUUUUCAUUCAUGUUGUUCUUCAACACUCGUCUGUGAAGCUGGCCAAGGUUUUUCACAGAGAACGAAGCUCCAAGAUUUCGACAGCUAUUUGUCUUCAUUGAAUUACUGGGACUUGGAGAAUAGGGCAAAGGAGCACUUGUUGUAUAGUAUAUGACUGUACACAGCCUGAAAGUUUAAUUUGUUCAAGCUGCCAUUUGGACUUAGUAACGCCCAUCGAGAAAAUAUACUUAUCGAGUUAUUGGUGUUGAGAUUUAGUGGAAGCUAAAAAAAGUUGUAGCCUCCCCAAUACUGCUUACUUAAUUUCAGGAGUCAGCCACUGGAAAAUACUUACAAAUGACAUCAGCUGCUCCAAGUUCUCUUUUGAAGGUGGAGGAAAUACAAGGAAGAGGGAGAGGGAUGGUUGCAUCUCAGCCUCUUAAAGCUGGCCAAAUUGUCCUCAGAGACUCUCCGAUUCUGCUGUAUUCUACGUUGCCCUUUUCCACACAGUCUUCAUCAUCGUCCUCCUCUGCAUCAGCUGCAUGCUUCUGUGGUCGCUGCUUCAGAACCUUGCCACCAUCUAUACUGCUAGAUUCUUCAUCACCUGCAGUUUUAUGCCCUUCUUGUCGCCACCAUCGCUUUUGCAGCUCAAGUUGUCUCUCAAAGGCACUGAACUCUUCCCAUUGUUCUUGGGUAUGUCAAGCAUUAUCCCGUCUCCAAGCCAAUUCUCUACUGCUUGAACAGCCCGUCGAGCUCCAAGUCCAAGCUCGUUUUCUCAUUGCUGCCUACAACCUUGCCAAUGUCUCCCCGUCAAACUUUCAAAUCUUGCUAUCUCUCCAGGGUUCUCCUGAUGACACCACCAUUGCUGCAGCUCAGCUCCUACACCCCCUUAUUUCAUCGCUAUGUUCACUUGCUGCCAUUAGCCCCCAGAAUGGGUUUUCUUUGGAACUCACUUCUGCGCUUCUGGCCAAGGACAAGCUCAAUGCCUUUGGCUUAAUGCAGCCCUUCUCCAUCGAUGAUGAUCAGCGUUCUGUCAGAGCUUACGGCAUUUACCCCUACGCCUCCUUUUUCAACCAUGAUUGCCUUCCCAAUGCCUGCAGAUUCGAUUAUGUCGACACUAAUCCACCUGAUGGCGGCCAUAAUACUGACUUUAUUAUUAGGAUGAUACAUGAUGUUCCUCAAGGUAGGGAGAUCUGUUUGAGCUAUUUCCCUGUGAAUGAGAAAUUUUCUAGUAGGCAGAAGAGAUUGACGGAAGACUAUGGCUUCACUUGUAAUUGUGAUCGAUGUAAUGUUGAAUCAAAUUGGUCAGAUAAUGAGAGUGUUGAAGGUAAUGCAGAGGAUGAAGAAGAGGUUAUGGAUGACGACGAAGAUGAAGGUAUGGCAGCAUCAGACACUGAAGAUAAUCUCCAAGGAGAUAACAGCGAUUUCCCACAUGCUUAUUUCUUUCUGAAAUACAUGUGUGAUAGAACAAAUUGCGGGGGAACUUUAGCUCCUCUACCGCCACAGGGUGAUACUCCAUCUAAUAUCAUGGAAUGUAAUGUUUGUGGUAAAUUGAAGAGUGGCGAUGACUUUGAUAUUGAUAAUGAGCAAGAUGAAGUUCCAAUGGAGGACUGAGCAGUUUUGAUUGAUUUGCUGUAGGUUUAUUGCAUGUAGAUGAAGGAAUUCUUCCUAGAUUUCGCGCAGUUAUAAGACUCUGCACAAGUUGAGACAAAAGUUCACAGCUCAGAAUCAAAUGUGUUUCUUUUGUGUUGUUUUUAAAAGUGUAAUGGUAUGUUCUAUGCUGUGGUUGCUUUAUUCGAAACACUGCUUUAAAUUUUGCCGGCAAGUUAUCAUAUUUUGAUGUAUACUUUUGGAUCACAAAAGUCUCUUGCAUGAGCACAAUGCCUGGUGGUAUUUAUUUUCUUA